GAGAAACCAGCAGCUCUUGGACAGGAGGAGGGGAAGGAAAAGGCGAUAAGGAAGCCGAGCAGCCAGUAACUUGGAACGUUGAACCUGAUCGAACAGGAAUCCCCUCUUUAUUCUUAACGUUCAACGAUUGUGUAAUUUGCUUUUCUUUAUUCUGGAUCGUUAUGCAGAAAAAAAUGAAUUAGGAGAUUAUUUUUUCUUCCCGAUUUCAUUUUUUAGAGGAUUCUGGUGGUUAUUCUUGGGUACUGAAUGCAUUUGUCGGAAUAAGCUGCAGACAAGAAGGUGGAUACCGGGAGUGAAGCUGAUCGCCCAGGAUUGCAGACAGCAGAUCUACAGUGGAUGAUAUAGAUAUUUUUCUUUGAUAAAUCCCACGUUGCUAUUUUGUCAUCUUGCGUUUUUUUUUUGUUUGAUUAUUUCUGAGCCGGAAUUUUUAUUAUUAUCAUUAUUAUAUAUCAUUGAUUGACCCUUACACGGGGAGUGGAAAGACAUGUCGGGGAGUAGGGAAGAGGAGCGCCGCAAACUGGCAGACAUCAUUAACCAUUGGAACGCCAACCGGCUCGACCUGUUCGAGAUUAGCCAGCCAACCGAGGACUUGGAGUUCCAUGGGGUCAUGAGGUUUUAUUUCCAAGACAAAGCCGCUGGAAAUUUUGCCACAAAAUGCAUCAGAGUCUCAAGUACGGCCACAACACAAGAUGUCAUCGAAACGCUGGCAGAAAAGUUCCGUCCAGACAUGAGGAUGCUGUCCUCUCCUCGGUAUUCUUUGUAUGAAGUUCAUGUCAGUGGGGAAGAAAGAAGACUUGAUACCGAUGAGAAGCCUCUGGUGGUGCAGCUGAAUUGGAACAAAGAUGACCGGGAAGGGAGGUUUGUCCUUAAGAACGAGAAUGCAAUUUUUCCACCAAAGAAGGUCCAAAGUAAUGGUCCAGAGAAACAGGAAAAAGAAGGUGUAAUCCAAAACUUCAAGCGAACCUUAUCAAAAAAGGAGAAGAAAGAGAAGAAAAGACGUGAAAAAGAGGCUUUAAAGCAGGCAGCUGAUAGAGAGGACAGACCACUGUCAAAAGAUGAUAGUGAAAACUCACAACUGGCGGCUGAAGUGUACAAAGAUAUGCCAGAGACCAGCUUCACACGGACCAUAUCAAACCCAGAGGUGGUUAUGAAACGCAGAAGACAGCAGAAAUUAGAAAAACGAAUGCAAGGAUUUCGCAGCUCAGAUGGGCGGCCUGACUCAGGUGGGACCUUGCGGAUUUAUGCUGACAGCUUAAAGCCAAAUAUUCCUUACAAAACAUUCCUACUGUCUACUAAUGACACUGCAGAUUUUGCCGUUGGGGAAGCACUGGAAAAAUAUGGAAUGGAGAGAGAAAAUCCAAGGGAGUACUGCAUUGCCAGAGUAACACUUCCUCCUGGGGCACAACAUUCUGACAAAGGCGUUAAGGAGAUCAUACUGGAUGAUGAUGAAUGUCCUCUUCAGAUAUUCCGAGACUGGCCAAGCAACCACGGAGAACUUGUUUUUCAGUUGAAAAGAAGGCCUCCAGAUUACCUCCCAAAUAAGAACCGACCACAGGAGGGCAAAGCAUCAAAGGGCAAGGAGAGAAUGGAUGGCUAUGGGUUUUCACUUUCACCUGACAAACUACCCUACUUGGUAGAAUUAAGUCCAGGCAGAAGAAACCACUUUGCCUACUACGGCUAUCAUUCUUACGAAGAUGGAUCAGACUCCAGAGAUAAGCCCAAACUGUACCGUCUUCAGCCGAGUGUGACAGAAGUUGGAACUGAAAAACUGGAGGAGAAUUCUAUACAGUUGUUUGGCCCAGGGAUACAGCCUCAUCACUGCGAUCUCACAAAUAUGGAUGGAGUGGUCACAGUCACCCCUAGAAGUAUUGAUGCAGACACUUAUGUUGAUGGUCAGCGCAUCACAGAGACAACUAUGUUGCACAGCGGAGUGAAGGUGCAGUUUGGAUCAUCACAUGUAUUUAAAUUUGUUGAUCCCAACCACGAUCAGUCUCUGGGUAAAAGGCCUUCAGAUACUGGCCAGAUGAUUAGAGGACAGAAGAACAAGCCUGGUGUUCAAGAAACUACGUUUGGCUUGGAGGGAGAUGUGCAUAGUGGGGCAGCACUACCAACAAAUAAGAUAACCAACAAGCUGGAUAAUGACAGAAUGUCUGGCACAGCGGAAAGAGGCAUGGUGAAACCAAUGAUCCGGAUGGAUAAGCAGCAAGAUUACCGUGCACAAGAUGGCAGACCUCAGGAUGCUACAGGACCGGAACAUAUGUUGCCUGCAAGCAUAGAGUUCAGAGAAAACUCUGAAGACUCCUUCCUGGCAGCCAUUAUUAACUAUACCAACAGUUCCACUGUGCACUUUAAGUUGAGCCCGACGUAUGUACUGUACAUGGCCUGUCGGUAUGUAUUGUCCAACCAGUACAGGCCAGACGUUAGUCCUGCUGAGCGGACACACAAGGUUAUUGCUAUUGUGAACAAGAUGGUGAGCAUGAUGGACAGUGUUAUUCAGGAAGUAGACCAGGGUGAUCAGAAGCAGAAGAACAUUGCUGGGGCUCUGGCAUUCUGGAUGGCAAAUGCAUCAGAGUUGUUGAACUUCAUUAAACAGGAUAGGGACCUGAGUCGGAUCACUUUGGAUGCACAGGAUGUUUUGGCACAUUUGGUUCAGAUGGCAUUCAAAUACUUGGUGCACUGUCUACAAACUGAGUUGAGCAAUUACAUGCCUGCGUUUCUAGAUGACCCUGAAGAAAACAACACACAAAGGCCUAAAAUAGAGGAAGUAUUACACACUCUGACCGGAGCCAUGUCACUCCUGAGGCGAUGCCGGGUGAAUGCUGCGUUAACCAUCCAGCUGUUCUCGCAGCUCUUCCACUUCGUUAAUAUGUGGCUCUUCAAUCGGCUGGUGACCGACCCAGACUCCGGUUUGUGCUCUCAUUACUGGGGAGCCAUCAUACGCCAGCAGCUGGCCUACAUAGAGGCCUGGGCAGAAAAGCAAGGGCUGGAAUUAGCUGCAGAUUGCCAUCUUAGCAGAAUAGUGCAGGCGACAACUCUUCUCACCAUGGACAAGUAUUCCCAUCAAGAUAUUCCAAAUAUUAACAAUACAUGCUUCAAACUGAACUCCCUACAGCUGCAGGCUUUAUUGCAGAAUUACCAUUGUGCACCUGACGAACCUUACAUCCCCACGGAACUAAUAGAGAAUGUGGUGUCUGUAGCAGAGAAUACUGCUGAUGAACUCGCUCGUAGCGAUGGCCGGGAGGUUCAACUAGAGGAGGACCCAGACCUCCAGCUUCCUUUCCUUUUACCGGAGGAUGGUUACUCAUGUGAUGUAGUUAGGAAUAUACCCAACGGUUUGCAGGAGUUUUUGGAUCCACUGUGUCAGAGAGGCUUCUGCAGGUUAGUGCCUCACCCUCGCUCCCCAGGCACUUGGACAAUUUUCUUUGAAGGAGCUGACUAUGAGAAUCAUCUCUUAACAGAGAAUACAGAUAUGCCUUUAAGAAAAGACCCUGAAAUAAUCACUGUGACACUUAAGAAGCAAAAUGGCAUGGGUUUGAGCAUUGUCGCAGCUAAGGGUGCCGGGCAAGAAAAGCUUGGAAUCUACAUAAAGUCUGUUGUGAAAGGAGGUGCUGCAGAAGUGGACGGCCGUCUAGCAGCAGGUGAUCAGCUUCUGAGUGUUGAUGGACGAAGUUUGGUGGGGCUGUCACAAGAAAGGGCUGCAGAGCUCAUGACAAGAACUGGUUCAGUUGUAACCCUUGAGGUAGCGAAACAAGGAGCAAUAUACCAUGGCCUGGCCACACUACUAAACCAGCCGUCUCCCUUGAUGCCAAGAGAUCGUCGUGGCUCAGGGAAACCCCGACCAAAGAGUGAAGGUUUUGAGCUUUACAAUAACACUGCUCAGAACGGGUCACCUGAAAGUCCCCAGAUGCCUUGGCCAGAAUACAGUGAACCAAAGAAAUUACCAGCAGAUGACCGACUACUAAAGAACCGUGCAGACCACCGUUCUAGUCCCAAUGUAGCAAAUCAACCUCAGAGCCCAGGUGGAAAAGCUCCGUAUGGAACAAGCUCAACGGUCAAAAUAACAUCUGUCUCCACUGGAAAUCUUUGCACAGAGGAAGAGCCACAACCAGCAAGACCAGAAGCCUAUCCUAUACCUACACAGACUUAUACUAGGGAAUAUUUUACCUUCCCAACGCCUAAAUCUCAAGAUCGGAUGGCACCAGCCCAAAGCCAGUGGCCAGAUUAUGAGGAAACAAUCCAAGUCCAUGGGGGAAGCAAUCACUCUAGCAAUACUUCAGUUCAGAGAAUUGCUCAAUCUCAAGAAGAAUUGAGAGAUGAUCAUAUGUUUCAAUCAGAAAGAAGCCGAUUAGAGCCAGCAAUGCGUAAAGAUGUCGAAUAUAUAGACCGAAAACUAGAUGGAAAAGAUGCCUGGGCAAACCUAAGUUCUUCUAUGGAAUCCAAUAUACCCUGCCAAGAACCUGUGAAUAAUUCAAAUAUGACCUUUUCUUCUGGUUCUUUGAACAAAUCUGGCCCCGGUCGCUGGAAAACCCCAGUUGCACCUCAACCAGCACCAAUUGCAGUUCCCCAACCUAUAAGAACAGACCUUCCGCCUCCACCUCCUCCCCCUCCAGCACUUUACGGAUCAGAAUUUGAAGGUGUACCUGUAGACUUACCUCUUCCUCCCCCUCCUCAGACCCAAAUAGGACAGUCAAUGAACUCACAAGCAGCUGCAAUAGAGCGCAGAAAGCGUGAAGAACAUCAGCGAUGGUAUGAGAAGGAGAAAGCACGUUUGGAAGAAGAACGAGAAAGGAAGAGACGUGAACAGGAAAGAAAACUUGGGCAAAUGAGACCUGUUCCUCCUGGUCCUUCUCAAAAUACGCUUCCAGCAUCUCACACAGUGGCACAACCCCCAUCCAUCCCCCAAAGUAGACCAGAGAAGCCAGCAACCCUUCCCCGACCUCCAGAAACAGUAAUUCGGGAACUCCAACCACAGCAGCAGCCUCGCACAAUAGAGAGAAGAGACCUCCAGUACAUUACAAUUAGCAAAGAAGAACUUUCUUCAAGUGACAGUCUUUCUCCAGAUCCAUGGAAGCGUGAUGCCAAGGAAAAGCUGGAGAAGCAGCAACAAAUGCACAUAGCUGAUAUGCUGAGCAAAGAAAUCAAUGAACUGCAGAACAAGCCAGAUCGAACAGCAGAAGAAAAUGACCGGCUCCGUAAGCUGAUGCUUGAAUGGCAGUUCCAGAAGAGACUCCAGGAAUCCAAGCAGAAGGAUGAGGAUGAUGAUGAUGACGAGGAAGAUGAUGAUGUGGAUACCAUGCUUAUCAUGCAGCGCCUAGAAGCUGAAAGAAAAGCAAGAUUACAGGAUGAGGAACGCAGGCGGCAGCAGCAGUUGGAAGAGAUCCGCAAGCGAGAAGCUGAGGAUAGAGUCCGACAAGAAGAGGAGCGUCGACGUCAGGAGGAGGAGCGGGUAAAACGAGAGGCAGAAGAUAAGAGGAGGCAGGAAGAGGAAUAUUACAACCGCUUGGAAGCAGAAAGACGCAGGCAACAUGAGGAGGCAGAACGGAGAUUACUAGAGCCUGAAGAGCCUGGUCUGUACAGACCUCCACUCCCACGGGAAUAUGAGCUCCCACUCCCAUCCCUUCCAUCUAACGCUCCUCCUCCCCCACCUCAGAGAAACACUUCUUACCUCAAAACACAAGCCCUCUCCCCUGACACUGUUUACACUGCCAAGUUUGUUGCAUACACUGAUGAUGAGGAAGACACAAAUCUAGCAGGUCAGGAUAAGUACUCCAGCACGAGAAAGUCAUAUGGUGACCUCCUUCCACCUGCCCAUAAGCCACAGCUGCCUGCUGCACGCCAGCCUCGUCCUGUUUCAGAUGGCAUCUUUCUUUCCAACUCAUUCCAGCCGCCUUCUGCCAAUGCCAACAGUACUGGUCCCAAAACAGGCCAGGCCCCUCCCAUAUCUAAUAAACCAGGGUACCUCCAACACAGCCACUCAAAAGGACCAAACUCUUACACUGGAUCAACAGGUACAAUAGCUGGAAGCAAUGAAGUUUAUAAAGAUACCCGAGACAAACGAUUGAAAAGUCAAGAUGGAGAUAAUGGCACAACAGCCGGUGCUCCUGAGAGCCUAACAUUUAAGGAGAGACAGCGACUCUUCUCCCAGGGUCAAGAUGUGUCUAAUAAAGUCAAGGCUUCAAGGAAGCUAAUGGAACUGGAAAAUGAGUUAAACACAAAGUGAACCUGGAGACUGACUGUUAAGGCACCUUAUCCUAAUCAGAAAUACACAGAACUCUAACUUAAGGGACAUAUGUUGGGCAAAUGUGUAAAGGGAGGAAUAUAUCUAUUUUUUUUUUGUAAAGAGUGAUCAUUUAUUCUUAGACUGUUAAUUCAUAAUAGAAGUUGCAAUAGAAAAAAGUGUGAUUUGCUUCCUUCACAUAAUUUGUUUGGUUUGUUACACUGAAGCACUAUGAAACAUGGUUUUGAUGGGGAUAAACCACAUGAAAAUAGGCAUGGGGAACCAAUUGGUUUGUAUAUUUAAAAGCAUUUUUGGAAUGCUUUCAUUAAUUGAAAUGAGCAGUGACAAACUGCUCAGACUUAAAUCCUCCUUAAAUAGCAAAAUAUCUAUGGGUAUAAAUCCUAUGCAGAAAGUUGUAAGAUUUUCAAUCUCAGUUUAAAAUGUAUAAUAUUUGAUUGCACAUUGGAACAAAAUGUUUUCUAUUUUUGCCUUUUUUUUUUUUGCCAUAUCUCUGAUAUAAGUCUAAAACAAUCUUUUCGCUAGAACUCCUUGUGCUUUUGAAAGCAAAAUGAAAAUAACACCUGUUCUGUAUAGUCUCUGCCACAUAACUGCAUCUCAAGCGUUUCAGAGCGUAUACUGGUUUUGUAAAAUAAAAGCUGAUUUUAUAAAUGACAAAUAUCUGUAGCCUUCUUGAGAUCAUCCUUUAACUCGGAUGCAUUUUUUUUCCUUUAAUUAGUUUAAAGAAUGGAUACAUAAAGUGUGCUUUUUCUUUUAAAUGUUAGUCUUACAAUUUAGAAUUUCAUCAUCUGUAUUUUCAACUGAGAGGCGUACAAAAAAAAAUUCUGCUUCCUUUAUUAAGUAUAAAUGCACACGAUUAAAACUGAGCCAUAAAGCAGUAUGGAUAUUUAAGAGGUUACUGAAAAUGCUAUUUAAGUUCUGACUGUUAGGAAAAAUUACAUAAUGGAGAGAUUUGGACUUAGGGUGGACCACUACAGAAAAAAAGAUGAUUUAAUGGUUGUUCAUAUUCGGUUCAUGUAAAAGUAUCCUUUGUGAAAUACAUUUUGCUUUAGCUUAGCACUAUAUAGAAGGCAAUGGAGUCUCCAAGAAGAGCUCAUAUAUAUUGCUUUUAUUGAAGAAUAGUGUAAUUGGUAAAGUGGAUUGGGCUGGAUUCAGUACCAAAGAUAAAUAUAUCUUAUUAACUGGGAUAAAAUGUGUCAGUAUUUCUAUAACUAUUUUUUAAAGUUGCAUCCUAAGCAGUUGCUAUUGAAU